AUGCCUCGGGGCGGGCAGGUGUUAUCUUUCCAUCAGUCCAACUUCAACUUAGGGGACCGAGUCUUUGUAUAUGGAAUAGUUAAAGGCUUGGAUGUCGAGAGGUGCGAAGCAUCGUCGCUGGAGAUAGGCGAGCAAAACAAUCAGGUUAUAUCAGGGUAUGAGCUCAUGUUAGAUCAUUGGUGUUGGGGAACUAAAUCCUAUCGACCGGACCUUGAAUUACGGCGGAAACAGCUUCCUCCGGUGGUACUCCCGACGGCGAACGCGCGCGUGUUUGCUAUAUCGAACGCGCUGGAUAUCGAGCAAGACCCCGGGAAAUAUAAGUGUCAGUUGUAUUUGCCUCUUACGUUGCCUCCGACGGUACGACGGAAAAACUUUAGUUAUGACUAUAUUCUAGCGAUUGCAAAUAAGCAGCCGGAUAGUAAGAGGCGAGAUGACAGCAAAAAGACGCCUGGGGAAGCAACGAACCUCGAGCUUAACGGGAGACCGUUGACGACGAAUUCUCCGUCCAGGUCUUUUGGAGAAGACUCUAUGCCGGAAGAUAACUUCAGCGGCAGCAAACAAUGCGCAUUAACUCUGAAGGUUGAGCCUUCCCUGGCACUUUUCGCUCCAUUAACGGAAUGGAUUCCUACUUUUGUCAAGUACCGGGAUCUGAGCAAAGCCUUGUUACCUCCCCCACCCAUAUUCCCGCCCCUACCUAGCCGGCCAGGCACUCCCAGCUCCCUCGCACUAUCCUGGGACCUCGGAGCUUGUUAUACAAGCGGAGUUCCGGUCUCUCUGCCAAUGGUCGGAUGGAAGGUGGGAGAUAUUGAACCAAUCCACGAAUUUCGAAUGAACAAGGAAAAAGCAGAUGUACCUAACCCCCCUCCCCCUCCCCACUAUAUCUUCCCCACUAUAUCUCCCCCUCCCCACUAUCUCAACAUUUACUUGUCUACACCCAUUUCUUCCGAGCCGAAGCUUGCUGACCACAUGACUCCAAGUGGCGUGAAGCCCACGAUCCUUCAGCAUUACUUGAGGGAUAGUGAUGCAUCCAUCAGUUCUCUUCGACAGACCAUCAAUCGACGAGCGCCUAAACGGCACGUAAACGAAAAGGCGGUCUCGCUGACUGGGUCUUUGUCCAAGGGCUUUAAUACCAAGAACUUGCAGUUAUCGGGGGUUAGUCCAUGUGAGCCGAUCCGAGACUUACCUAAGGUGAAGGAUUACCAGUCGGAAAGUCGGCGGCUGAUUGACCCGGAGCGCGAGCCUAUGUGGUUGGAGACAAGUGUGGGCGAUACUUUGUUUGUGCAUCUAGAUUUGUCCGAGUCGACAUUGGCUGUCGUCGAGCUGUCUGUGAGGUUGGUACGAUACACACGUAUCUAUCAACCCCCAUUAACACCUCCAGAGGCACUGGCUUGGAUUCGGCGACGCAAUGCACUAGUUAGGACCGCACCCGGGGGCGAGCGGAGGAACCCACCUGGCCUUAGUUGGCUAGACUUCCGGUCCUUCGACCACAUGGCUGCUGUUGACACCACCCUCACCCUUCAGUCCACCACUACUGAAACCGUCGCCGAGGUUCACGCCUGCGUUAACCAGACUUGCCUCGCCGUCACGCCCCUUACCAUACCCUCUCACCUAGAACCAUCUUUCCGCCACGACCGCGUCGGAGUCAGCUACGAAAUACAAGUCGACUUCACCUGCCUCGCCCGGCAUGGCGUCGUGCUCGACCUCGCCUCACGCUGCGAGAACGGGCACGUCCCGCUAGUCACCAUCAACGGCCCACUUCCCCCCCGGUACAUGAACAAGGUGACGUGGUGCAACACCGUGGUCCUCAAGACCCUCGAGCCGCUCGAGUCCAGCAGUGCCUUCGAGAAAUAG